AUGAUAUCCGGGCGAUCAGCUGCUAACUUGUCGGUCUCUUUGACGCCAAGAAUCCUGACACUCGGCGGAGAUCACACAACGACAUUGUCGGCACUGCGGUCAACUUACCAGAGAUGGGGACCUGUCUCGGUUAUCCAUUUCGAUAGUCACAUCGAUACCUGGGAUCCCGCAGUUCUUGGUAAGCUAGCUAACAUUUUCAGAGGUCUAAACCAUGGAACAUUCCUUCACAUCGCCCACGAAGAGCAUCUGGUUUUGGAUAAUUCAAUUCAUGCCGGUAUACGAGCCCCCUUGGUUCGACGGAAAGGUGAUAUAAGAAACGAUGCUCGUUGCGGGUUUGAGAUCAUCACUGCUCGUGACCUCGAUAAGCUUGGCUCCGGCGGAGUUAUUUCAAAGAUCAAGGAACGAGUGGGUGACUCCAAAGUCUACAUCAGCGUCGACAUUGAUGUACUCGAUCCUGCAUACGCUCCAGCUACAGGGACGGCCGAGCCAGGUGGCUGGUCUACACGGGAGCUUCUCACAGUUCUCGACGGCCUCGAAGGGCUCUCAAUAGUUGGCGCAGAUGUCGUUGAGGUUGCCCCAGCAUAUGACAACAACGGCGAGACCACUGUUCUUGCUGCAGCUGAGGUCGCCUACUCUUUGAUUGAUCUUAUGGUUUUAACACCUGUUCGGUCAAAGGCAGAUGUUGCUAAAUCUAGGUAG